AUGAAUACUGCUUUUCACUUUGUAAUCUUGAUUCUGCUGAAUAUUAAGCCUACAGUGGCAUCAACUGCAACCGGACGUAUUAAGGUCACCAUUGUCAGACUGAACAGUGCAUCCGUAAAACCGUAUUGCCCAAAGCGAGUUGAACAAAACAUCAGUAAAGAUGAAUGUGCGAAAAUUUGUGCUAAACAGCUUUCUUCCUGUUCGGCUAUUGAAUACGCCAGCAACAACUGUACAUUGUGGAAAUACGUACUAUUGGAAGAAAACCCGACACCGUCCAAAAACCUGUAUUUGAAAGAUACGUCUAACACUUUCAAAAAGGACAGUUGUCCAGAUUCAGCUGCUGUAGAAUCUGUUGGUAAACUCAGCCGCUAA